CUCUCUCCUCCUAUCUUCAUGUGUGAGGAUGUUAUUAAUACCCUCAUCCCAUAUUCUCUCCGCAACCCUAAUGUCCAUCCCUCCUCCUAUCUUUACAUCAUCUCUUAACAAAUUAUGCUCAACUUUUGCAUCAAAAGUGUACACUCUUUUUUAGCUUUUUCUGCCAAGGAAAACAAUAACAACAAUGGAACCCAAAUGUUAGACCAACAAUUGCAAAGCUCCCUCCGCGGCCGCCGGAUUAUUCCGUCAUCGGUCUCCGGCCUCGGUUUCAUCACUUUCUCUGAUAAUACCCACAACCCAACCAAUGUCGUCGACUCGGCGGCCAUUAAACCGCCGCCACCUCCUCCAACGGCCAACACCACCGUCACGAAAACAGACCCCGGCGGGAUAGGGUUUCUUGACGAGGUCGGAGGGAGCGUCAACGGGCUGAUGUCGUGCACGGAGAGUUUAGGGUUCGAGAGCUCCGAUGAGAGGAGGGUUGAUGAUCAGGUGAUGGAGAGAAUUACGAGCGAAGAGCGGGGAUCGAGGGCAGGAGCGCGGAAGAAAUGGAAGAGGACGAGAGGGAGGAGAGACGAGGUGGAGGCUAGGAAGUUCCCGCCUCCGUUGUCGUCGUUGAAUCGGGACGGGAGGCCGAGUUUUUUCCUCCGGCCGGUGAGGAGAGACGGGAGGUUGGAGCUCACGGAGGUGAAGAUUGACAGGACGGAGGUUCUCCAUGCUUCCCGCCAAGAUGGACGGUUGAGAUUGGAUAUGGUCAGAGACGUGGCUGACGUUGAAGAGGAUCAUGAGGAAGAGGAAAAGGUUGAUAUUGAUAAUAAUAAUAUUAUUAUUGAAGAAGAAGAAAACGUGGAUGAAGGAAAAAUUGAAGAUAUUGUUAAGGAAGAAGAGGAGCUGGCGGUAAGGGAGAAGUGGGUUUUUCCGGCGGUGCUGAAUGGUGGCGGAGACGGUUUCGGGCGGUGUCAUGAGGUGGCGAGCCACCACCAUCACCACCACAACCUCCACCAUAAUCUGCAUGCGUGGGGCCAGCAUUGUUUGACGAUAAGAUGAGGUUACAAGAAUGCGUGACGUGGCAGGGAAGGAUAUACUCACAAAUUUAGAGCACGUGUGAUGGGUACUGUUGUGUGUGAGGAUGUGGGUCAAUAUUAAUAUGGAGUAUUUGUUUUGGCAGUGCUACCACAUCAUUCUGUUUUACUGCUCAACAUUCAUUGUUUAAUAUUUUAUUGUUCUUUUUGGUAAUUAAUGGUUAAAAUUUAAAAAAAAAUUAUUUCAGGGAAGAGUAGAGUUAAGAGUUUUUUAAAAUCUGGACUAUCCGAAACAGUUUUAGACGAUGAGAUUGAGAAUAGUGGGGAGAACGGUGAAUGUUGAGCGGUGGGCAUAGACUAUCUGUAUUUUGUCGCCACAUUUAUGCUAUUUAUGCUCUUGGUA